GCCGGCGCUGCGCCGACAUUCAUUCCGAAUCGAGUUCUCGUUCCAAGUGCGCCGCACAAUCAGCUGGUCCGUCUUGCCGGUUUGUCCACAUACACAGUACAAGUUGUACAGUUAGUUCAGCCGCUUCGAAAGCCGAAUUUUCAAGCAGUCCGACGCCGAACCGACACCACAUACGAGAUGUCUUGCGAAAUUCCCGUUGCUCCCGCCGCCCCCGCUCUCAAGGACCUCCCACGUGUGGCCGGCAACCUCAAGAGCGAACUGGAGGGUUUCAAAUCGACGAACCUCAAAACUGCCGACACCCAGGAGAAAAUCGUCCUCCCUUCCGCAGAAGACGUGGCACAAGAACGAACGCACAACGAGCUGAUCGCCGGGGUGGAGAAUUUCAAACCGUCCUCCCUGAAACGCACUGACACUAAAGAGAAGAUCGUGUUACCGAAUGCCGAAGAUGUGGCGGCUGAAAAGACUGAAAGAGCUUUAAUUGCUGGAAUUGAACAUUUUGACACCAGCAAGUUGAAACAUACAGAGACUCAAGAGAAAAACCCUCUGCCUGAUAAAGAAGCUGUGCAGCAAGAGAAAACACUCCAAAACCUGAUACACGGUGUCGAGCAAUUCGACAAAUCAUCCAUGAAACACACAGAAACCGCUGAGAAAAUCGUUUUGCCCGACAGUCAAGUUAUCGAGCAGGAAAAGGGCCAGAGACAGUUGAUUUCGGGUAUCGAGAACUUCGACAGCAGCAAAUUGAAACACGCCCAGACCUGCGAAAAGAACCCGCUGCCAACCAAGGAGAUCAUCGAUCAGGAAAAGAGCGCUUGAAUCCGGCUCAUUGAAAAUAUCACGCCCACUUUUUGUAUUGUUUUAUACUUUUAUAUACGAUAUACCUAUUUAUGAAAUAUUAAAUUUUUGACGCAGAUGAAUUGAAGUUGUUCGGUUAUCUUUGCGCAUAUUUCAUCAUAUUUGAUACUAAUAUAUAAUCGAUAUUUUGUACUUAUCUAUAUGUAUAUCAUUUUUUAAUUUUUAUUAUAAAUUAUGAUUUGCAUGAAUUAUGGUGCUUCAUUAAAUUGUCUACAAAAUUUGAAAA